CUCCUUCUCCCUGUUUUUUUUCCGAGCAAAUAGUUAUCUCUGCAUUCGUUCUUUUUCCCUCAACAAUUUUCGCACCUCUAGUCUGAUUCCCGCAUCUAUUCUCUUUUUCGUUUCUUAUACGCACUCGCGCACAGCAUAUAUAGGAUUGUAUCACAGCACAUGGAUAACAGGCUGGCAAACGCGCAGAGGCGGUUCACGCUGAACAGCAGCGCACACGCCGCAGAGUUCAGCCGUCGCAACAGCACACGCCACCAGAGAGCCAAAAGCAUGGGCAUACAGGAUGGGCACGCACGCGACCCGCCCCGUCCGCGAAUGCCUGGUAUGCCUGCUACAGCAAACGCGGUGCCCGGACACCGGCGCUCGCGUUCUACCGGCAUUGUUAACACAACCAUUGACGCCGAUUACCACCACCCGAUGCCCACAGACGAACAACAGUCGCGUGGCCGGCGCGGGUUUUUAGGAAUCGGCUUUCGUCGUUCAAAGAGCCAGUCAGGCAGGCGGCGGUCGCAACACCAGCCGACGCAUGACGAACACGGUAGAUCCCGCACAUGGACCAAAGAGGACGUAGAUAUGCUGGAAGAGCUAACUGCCAUUGCGUGGGCCGGUGGCCAGAUCGUCAACUUCAACACCAUUUCCAAGGAAAUGAACCGUACAGCCAAGGACGUCCAAGAGAUGCUCAGGCAGCAGAUGCGCACGCUCUUGUAUGUGAGUGGCCAUGACUUUUUGAGCGAGUUUCCCCGGGCAAUCGUUUUACAGUGGGCUGGUAUCGAGUUCCCCGACGACCCUUUACUGGGCAGCUAUCCGGCACAGGAGGCACGCAAACUGCUGAUGCGCGAAUCGUGCAUUUCUAGCCUGCUGUGCCGCGCUCCACGCCAGGUCAUCCCAGAGGUUCCGAUUAUUGCAAACACGCGGUUUGACCGGAACCAUGUCCCGGGCGACCUAUACGACGAGAUUCGGGCACAGGAUACUCGGUACAGGGCACAGAACGCACUCCAGGAGGUUCAGCACGACGACACUGACUUGCGGUCGUCGCGGACUACGCAGCGUGUGGUGACAGAGCCCAGUGCGGUAUUACACGCGAGCUCAGCCAAUGUGGCAGCGCAGCUGCAGAAUGCAUUUUCUGAAAAGGCUGCCACGCAGACUCCGAAAACGACACGCAACCGGUCCAAGAGCACGCUGAUGCCAAAAGAUUCAGAUACGCUGCGGCGGUUCCAGUUUUCGGCUGCCCAGCCUGCACGUAGGCCAGCGGCUAUUCCGGUCUCGGUUCCAAUGCAGUCACCAUUGUCGGCGACGUUCGGUCUUGCUCCCCGCACCCCGGAGCUGGCGGUCAUGCGGAGGGCAGCUGAUGCAGCCACGGCACGGCCCCGGCGCAGGCGCUCACGAAGCCACGCGCCCAAGGUCAUCGAGAAUCCAGAUGCCCAGCGGGCACUCCAGGCCACAUCACCCCCAGUCGAUCCUGCUGCACUUGCGCAGCCUGUAGAGGAUGACACGAGCGUUGCAACUUCGCAGCCGCCGGCUGGUAACCGCAUAUCCCAGGACAGCGGCCAUGUUGACGACCGGACGUGCGGCUCGAUUUCCCUGGUCCACAAACUCCGCGAGCUCAAAAAGUACAGCACUAUCAAUUCGGACCACACCAGGCGGCUUGACCGAGAUACGCGCUAUACUGUUCGACGGGCCGUGUCCGAGUUCCUCUGCCAGGACGAGCUCGGCAAGCAGGUGUUUGACCAUGUGGUGACGAAUGUCGACAACAGUUUGUUUAUGAGAUUCAGCCGAUGCUCUGACACGCUGCUUGCACUCCCUAACCACUUCGGAGAAGCGUUCCGUAUGCAAGUGGUGAACCUUAUGAACUCCAAAUAUGACCAGGGGAUGAAGGCGUAUAGCAUGGCCAUGUACGCAUAUGUCCUGGAGGCAAUCAACGGACCAGACGUAAUCGACCGGCCACGCAACUGGGGUGAUAUUUCAGACUUCGCCUUGGAAUGGGCCAACCGCAAGCUCUCUGCUGCCCGGUACAUCUCUACGCCCGCGAUGGACGAGACCCACCUUCGGAUGGCCGCUUACCAUGUCGGCUCAGAGGCUGGCCAGUGUUUCUACGACAUGUACCGAAGGGACCUGGGUUGGCGCGUUUCCGACAGGGAGCUCCACCUGUUUUUAACUGACGAGCAGCAAACGCCUUCUGGGGAGAGAACCAAGCUGGACCUGCUGAAUCUCAAGCAUGUCAUUGACGUGUGGGUCGACGUGGCUUUCCGGCGGAAUGCAUCCAAGCACGGCCAUCUCACGUUUGCCGCAGCUGCCGAGCUCGUGAACAUCAACAUGGUGCUAACAUGGGGCAACUUGAAGAACGAAAGCGACAUUGCCGAAAAGUCGCUGACGUUUGACAGAAACUGCCUUGAAGUCGCUUCUCUCUAUGGCAUGGACGACAUGAAGGGUCUACCGGAUUCCAGUGUCGCCAACGAGCUCGCCCGGGCGUUUGCACGAAAGUUUUACGAUGACAACCGGGCUGAGCUCUUCCAGCUUGUCCUCUGCCAGCAUCAGUUUAUUGGUCCCGACUACGACGAGUUUGCCGACUGGGUAGCCCUUGGAUACGGAUGGGCCGGUGGAGGCAUCGACUACAACAUACUUUUCCAGCUGAACCAGUAUCUGCUUAGCAUGGGAUUCAAACCUAUUCGGAAGUACUGGGAUACUAUCAAGCAGGAUGUAGUCGUCUCUCUCCUCAACCUCGUGCACCAUAGCAAUACGUCGUUUGACUGGCAUACCGUCGAUGGGUUCCUCUGGCCGCGCGAGCAUGCAGACAAGAAGGAUUCCACCACUGGCCAGCCGCUGGAUCCGACAGCAUCUACUACCAUGGCAAUCGGGUACAAUCGCCUGCUGGGCCCGGCUAAUGACAGUCUCCAUAUAUCGCUGGUGGCAGGCGAGCUUCCAGGCGAUACGGGUGCUUCAGGGCUUAGUCGUCAGAGAACCAUCAAGAGGCUCGAUCCCGAAAAUGCCUCGCUGGUACAUAUCCCCGACCUUGCUGGAAUCGUUGAUGGCCCCUCUCUUGCUGACCAGCGUCGCUAUAACAACUCAAACAUCGAUGCGCCAGAACAGGCUGAAUCCUCGUCCGCCAAAGUCAGGCGGCGCCACACCACGGUUGUAUCCAAGGCCACCACGGUUACAGCACCUGGUGGGGAGCCUCCAGUAGAACUGGACAGCAUCAUGCCCGAAGACAGCCACACUAAUGGAAGGCAGGCAGAGUACGACUCGCCGUCAGCAAGCGUAUCGUUGCGUUUUAGCCGUACCAAGCAGAUACUGGACACAGGCUCGCCUGCACGCUCUGGGUCUGCACCUCCUCGCUCGCCCGAGUCCUUUUCGAGUGCAUUGACGUCUAACCCAAAAAUGUCAGGCGCAACUUCUGCUGAACUUCCACCCAGUAGCACAACUGCAGAUGAGGUUCCACCUACAUCGCUGCCUGUACUGACAUCUCAGCCGGCAUUCACCACUGAAGCAGCUGCGCUGCCCAUUCCGGCACCGAAGGGAUCUCCUGAUGGGUUUGCGCCGCGCUCUGACAGCUCAGGACAUUUAAAUGCAGCUGCGGUACAUGUGUCGCUGCCUGUGCACUCGAAGCAGGAGAUGAUCGAGACAGCGCAAGCGUCUAAGCCGUCCGCAUUCUCACAUUACAAGACAACCAGCAGUGCCCAGAGGCAGCUGGCAGGUGCUGCGAAAAAGCCAAAAUUCACUCUCAAACGGCCAGCAUCCCCGCACAACCAGGAAGCAGCUGAAGCUGCAGCCGGGCCAUUGAUGGCAGUGCAAAGCGCGCCGGAUGAUAUCCAGUCUCAGGCUAGUCAUGUUCACGGCAGCGAAGGAAGUCUCCAGGAGGCGUACCGACCAGUGCAGUCUGGUCCACAUUCAGCUGCUAGUGCAGCAACUGCACAGGCACCAGUGAGCAAUGGCUAUGCAACCCCACAUAUGUUGCAGCAGUCGUACGCCUACCCUCAGUACCUGCAGGCACAGCCACUACCCCCACAAUAUCCUCAGUAUUCUCAGCAGCCAACGCAGCCACCUCAACAGCCGACACAGCCACCCCAGCAGUCAAUGACCAGUCCUCAGUUCCAUACGCAGAGCUGGCAGUCGAUACCCCAGCCGCAAUACUACCAGCUGCAACAGCACCCGUCGAUGCAGUACGCUCUUCAACAACGGCCAGUCCAGUACGCACCGCAACAACCUGAAUACGCGCACCCGCAGCAGUAUCCGCAAGGAUACCAAUUCCAGGCUCCCGGACAGCAGCCUGCCCAGACUGGCGGGUACCCGGUCCAGCCGAUGGGCCAGCCUGGCAAUUACCCCACACAGCCCAUUGGGAAUCUGCAUCUGGCGCACAUGAACGACGCGGAGUGGGAGCGGUACAAGCAGCGGAUGGAGUACCAGGUGCAGCUGGCUGAGCGGCUACAAAGGGCGCAGAACCCAGGGUGGAGCGUGUAAUAGAUGUUUUGGCCACUAUUCCCUGCGCUGCAAAUGAACCAGUUUUCUGCUUGCAAAACAAUACCUGUUGUCGCCCGAGUGGAGCGAAUAGUGCAAAGGAUGCCAUUGCAGAUCUCUUUGUUUUUCGCAAGAAAACGGGUGCAAAAACAUCUGUGCGCACAGAUGGCUCUGCAGCGGUCUCUGGCGGUCCCUUUAGUCCCACCAAAGUCUGUGACAGGGCGGCGGAGCAGCUGUGGCCGGAGUUUGAAUCUCCGGAGGAUUUCCCCUCUGUCUGUGACACUGUCUGCAGCCAAGAACAAAGGGGACUAAUCGGAAAUGGUGCUUUAUUGCUAGACAAUAGCUGCGAGAAACUAAUGGGCGGCAAUAGAAAUCUUCCCCAUCCCUUAUUACGCGGUCUGGGAUCUUCGCCAGCGUCCCUUUUCGGCG